GAGAAUUAUCUUUAUACGUAAGGAAUUAAUGAAUUCCUUGGAUAGAGAUUACAAUUUGGAAGAAUUCACUUGUGUUAAUUAGUGUUAUUUGCUAAAUUGUGUAUGAUCUAGUCAUGGAUAACAAAGUAACCAAGAUGCUUUUUAUUUUUUGCCACAGUUUUGUCCUUGUGGUUGAUUUUCUUUUGGACAUCAAUUAUGACCAUUGUAGAUGACGAAUUGAUUCCGCUGCCGAUGCAUGUUGUCGUCGGAACAAUGCCUUCUCUGGCUUCCCUCGUCAAAUUCGGAAGCGUCUGGGUCCCUGUCGGUACUGCUACUUCUUCGGAAUCGCCAUUUUCGAUUGUAAAAAGAGUUUCCUUGGCGAAGCGCAGAGUGAGAGGGCUUUGCAGAUGUAAAUACUCCGUCACCACCGCCGAUUUCGUUGCCAGCGCCGACAGUGAUAGUGACUUCGUGCUUAAACCCGUUCCCAAGCCGGUGCUGAAGGCGGAGGGCGGGAAGAAAGAUGAUGUUUUGGGACUUAAUUCGGUGGCGUGGGGUGUGGAGGAAGAGGUGGCGAGGAAUAAGGUGAUUGAGUCACUUGGGGAGGUGCUGGAUAAGGCUGAGAAAUUGGAAAAUUCGAGGUCCGGUGAUCGGAAAGAGAGUUUGAGUGUAAAUGUGAAUGUAAAUAGGCCGUCUAAUACGAGUUGUAAUCGGAGUCUUGAGGGAUCGGCGAUUGCAGGGACUAAGAAAAAGAAGACGCUGAAGAGUGUGUGGCGGAGAGGUGACUCGAUCGCGAGUGUUGAGAAGCUUGUUAAGAAGGUUCCGAAGGUUAAUAACAGCAUUGUGAAAGAGGAAACAAAAUUGGGGGGAGAGGGGAAACUGGAUUCUCAACCUGGGGUCUCCUCAAGACCUCCACAGCCACUAUUGAGACCACAGCAGCAGUUACAGGCGAAGCCAUUGGUGGCUCCUCCGCCUGUGGUGAAGAAACCUUUUAUGAGAGGUGUGGGGACAGCUUCAAAGUCGUCCACUAUUGAAGAGGCUGCCUCUGUGAAGGGUAAAGAAAGGAAGCCUAUUUUGAUUGACAAAUUUGCACCGAAGAAACCAGAGGUUGACCCUCUGAUUGCUCAGGUUGUUUUAGCCCCUACAAAACCUCGUAAGGGCCCUCCACCUGGAAAGUUCAAGGAUGAAUACCGGAAGAAAAAUGUUUCAGAUGGAGGAUCAAGGAGGCGGAUUGUUGCUAAAGAUGAUGAUAUUGAAAUUACUGAUGAGGAGACAUCGGAAUUAAAUGUGUCCAUUCCUGGUGCUGCUGCAGCAACGAAAGGAAGGAAAUGGAGUAAAGCUAGGAGGAGGGCAGCUAGACUCCAGGCUGCCAAAGAGGCAGCUCCUGUCAGGGUAGAAAUUUUGGAGGUUGAAGAGAAAGGCAUGUUGCUAGAGGAGUUGGCAUACAAUUUGGCCAUCAGUGAGGGUGAAAUUCUUGGAUUUUUCUUCUCUAAGGGGAUUAAGCCAGAUGGGGUUCAAACACUGGACAGUGACAUGGUCAAGAUGAUUUGCAAGGAGUUUGAGGUCGAAGUCAUAGAUGCUGACCCUAUUAAGGUAGUGGAAAUGGCAAAAAAGAAGGAAAUUGUAGAUGAAGAUGACCUGGGCAAGCUAGAAGACAGACCUCCUGUUCUCACCAUCAUGGGUCAUGUAGAUCAUGGAAAGACAACCCUUCUGGACUAUAUCAGAAAAAGCAAGGUGGCUGCCUCUGAAGCAGGUGGUAUAACACAGGGAAUUGGUGCAUAUAAAGUGCUAGUACCAAUGGAUGGGAAAUUUCAGCCAUGUGUUUUCCUAGAUACUCCUGGACAUGAGGCAUUUGGGGCAAUGAGGGCUCGUGGAGCGCGGGUGACAGACAUUGUGAUUGUUGUAGUAGCUGCUGAUGAUGGGAUCCGUCCUCAAACAACUGAGGCCAUUGCUCAUGCAAAAGCAGCUGGAGUACCAAUUGUAAUUGCUCUAAACAAGAUAGAUAAAGUUGGAGCAAACCCUGAGAAAGUCAUGCAAGAGCUUUCUGCAAUAGGAUUGAUGCCAGAAGACUGGGGCGGUGACAUUCCAAUGGUUCAGAUCAGUGCUCUCAAAGGGGCGAACAUAGAUGAGUUAUUAGAGACAGUUAUGCUUGUUGCAGAGUUGCAAGAGUUAAAGGCUAAUCCUCAUCGAAAUGCAAAGGGCACAAUUAUUGAGGCAGGACUUGAAAACUCUAAAGGGCCAGUAGCUACAUUUCUUGUGCAGAAUGGCACUCUUAAAAGAGGGGAUAUUAUCAUUUGUGGAGAAGCCUUUGGAAAGGUACGAGUUUUAUUUGAUGAUGGUGGCAAGCGUGUGGAUGAGGCAGGACCUUCUAUACCUGUGCAGGUCAUUGGAUUAAAUAAUGUUCCAAUUGCUGGUGAUGAAUUCGAGGUUGUUGCUUCCCUUGAAGUUGCCCGUGAAAAGGCAAAGGCAUGUGCAGAGUUACUUCAGAAAGAACGUAUAUUGGCCAAGGCUGGGGAUGGAAAGAUCACACUUUCUUCCUUUGCUUCUGCAGUCUCUGCAGGAAAGCUCUCUGGAAUAGACUUGCACCAACUAAAUAUCAUUUUGAAGGUUGAUUUACAGGGAUCUAUAGAGGCUGUCAGACAAGCACUAAAAGUUCUACCCCAAUAUAACGUUACUCUAAAGUUCCUCUUGCAAGCAACAGGGGAUGUAAGCACCAGUGAUGUUGAUCUUGCAGUUGCUAGCAAAGCCAUUAUGUUGGGCUUUAAUGUAAAAGCACGUGGCUCUGUUAAAAGCUAUGCAGACAAAAAAGGUGUUGAGAUUUGGCUAUAUAGAGUUAUCUAUGACCUUAUUGAUGAUGUGAGGAAUGCCAUGGAAGGACUUCUAGAGCCUAUUGAGGAGCAAGUGGCAAUUGGCUCAGCUGAAGUCCGAGCUGUAUUCAGCAGUGGCAGUGGUCAUGUUGCUGGCUGCAUGGUAACCGAAGGAAAAGUAGUGAAAGGAUGUGGCAUUCGGAUAGUGCGAAAUGACAAAGUAAUUCAUGUUGGUGUUCUUGAUUCGUUACGACGGGUCAAGGAAAUUGUGAAGGAGGUAAAUGCUGGAUUAGAGUGUGGUAUUGGGAUGGAAGAUUACGAUGAUUGGGAGGAAGGUGACAUGAUUGAAGCCUUCAACUCAGUUCAAAAGAGGCGGACCCUUGAAGAGGCAUCAGCUUCAGUGGCAGCCGCAUUGGAAGGAGUAGGUAUUGAAUUGUAGAUAAGCACAGUAUUACAAACUGGCAUCCUUGAUUUUCCCAAUGGAAUCAAUGUUUCCAUGACUCAAGGCAUUCCAUCCUACUAGGGUUUUGACAUAGCAAGUAUGAUAUGAAAGCUUCCUCUGCAUGCAAUUUAUUUAAUCAGGCAGAGUGUUGAGAUUCAAGGCCUCUAUUUGAUCUCUUGUCUGUAUACUAUUUUGUUGUAUAUAAUAGCAUUGCUCCAGCUUCCUUGCUUAAACACCUCGAGUUGGUGGAGAACAUAUUUUGUAACAUUGCCACAGAAAGUGAAGGAAUAAGGGGGAACAAUUUGGAACAAAUAUUUUUCAGAAGAUGCUGCUAAUUGGAUGCAUCUCUCUGUUACCCUGAUAGAACUAUUCAUGUAGUUUCCAAUUCAUUGAUUUAUUAUCUAUAUCAUUAUAUUAUAAUUUCAGAUUGAAUACAAAUCAAAUCUGUCA